AUGCCAAAAAGUUUGUACUUGGAUAAUACAAUAGAAUUUCUAAACGGAAGAGUAUAUCUCGGAGCAUACGAUUAUACGCCCGAGGACAAUGACGAAGUGAUAUUCUUUACCGUUGAAGACACAUUAUUUUAUAACAGCUUCCAUUUGGAUUUUGGUCCUUUGAACAUUGGUCAUCUUUACAGGUUUGCAGUAAUAUUCCACGAGAUCUUGAAUGAUCCUAAUAAUUCCGAUAAAGCUGUGGUCUUUUAUUCAUCGGCUUCCACUAGGCAGAGAGCUAAUACGGCUUGUCUGUUGUGUUGCUACAUGAUAUUAGUUCAAGGCUGGACUCCUCACCAAGUGUUACAACCAUUAGCACAAGUUGAUCCGCCAUUUAUGCCAUUCAGAGAUGCAGGUUAUUCCAAUGCAGAUUUUGAGAUUACAAUCCAAGAUGUCGUCUAUGGUGUAUGGCGAGCAAAAGAGAAAAAGCUAAUUGAUCUUCAUACUUUCAAUUUAGAAAGUUAUGAAAAGUAUGAACAUGUGGAAAAUGGGGAUUUGAAUAUUCUUACACCCGAUAUUGUUGCAUUUGCAUCACCUCAAGAAGAUAUAAGGUCGCAUUCCUCUACAUCCAGAUCAAAAUCUCACUUAAAUCAACCAUUUAGAAGCGUUUUAAAAUAUUUUACUAGCCACGACGUUGGACUGGUGGUUAGAUUGAACUCGCAUUUAUAUAAUAAGAAACACUUCGAAGACGUUGGCAUCAAACAUCAAGACUUGAUCUUUGAAGACGGUACGUGUCCAGACAUGUCUAUUGUUCACGACUUUAUUGGUAUGACGGAGACUACUAUUAAAAAGGGAGGGAAAAUAGCCGUGCAUUGUAAAGCUGGCCUGGGAAGAACUGGAUGUUUAAUUGGUGCCUGGUUAAUUUACACUUAUGGUUUUACUGCAAAUGAGUGUAUUGGGUUUCUAAGAUUUGUCAGACCGGGAAUGGUUGUUGGUCCACAACAACACUGGCUUUAUUUACACCAGAAUGAUUUUAGGGAGUGGAAAUAUACUAUGAGAGUGGCUCUGAAAGCAAGCGAUAGCUUGGGUGGGAUGUUCCCAUUGGUACCUUUAGAAGAAUACAGGAUCCAAAAGAGGAAUUUAAGAGAGGUCAAAAUCGAUAACGCAGAUAUGAAUGAUAAUCUUCGAGAUUUGGUUAUAACUCCAAGGAAACAACAGUCGCCUAAAAAAAUGGUAAAAUCUUACUCAGCUGCAGUACCGCAAAACUCUCCAGGCCAACCAAGAAAGGGACAAAACGGAGAAAAUAUGAUAGAAGAUAUAGACUCCACAAAUCCCAAAUCUUACCAGGCUAGAAAGGUCACAUUUGAUAAUAAUUCAGAUGAUGAAAACAAUGUUUCAAGGUCAUGGGAGAGAUCAGAUAGAACGAUCCAAAAUGAUGAAGAUGACAAUAUCUUAAGACAAUUAGUGCCGAAAGGCAAGCGUUCCAUUUCUGGAAGAAGAGCAGCUAGCAAUAGUGCAGGUGUAAGAAAGAUGAGUGGCACCACGAAAAGAUAA